AUGGAUUCGGAGGGCGACGGAUUACACAAACACGCAGUCGCCAACAGCGGUUUAAGUGAACCCAUGCUUGAAGGUAGCGAAAAGUUGGCCCGUAUUCGUCUAGCUUGUUCCCGUGACUCCUCGACCCCCAGUCCAAGUUCAGUUACUACCGUAUCUGUGCGAACCCAAAGUCCCGGUUCCUCGAAUCCCAGUCCCCGAGUAUCUGUCACAUCUCCAACCCCUACAGACGGAAGGGACACAUCUCCCUCCGGAUGUCCUCCUGCACCAGCUCACGGUGGUUUAUUGUACAGUUUAUUGGUGGGAAGUGAAAUCGGUUCCUCGAGUGGUUUGUGCUGCUCUCCGUUACGUACCAUGAGUACCCCGACGCGUGCUUCGUCCGGGACUUCAUCUAUCCCCGGUGGCUUGCGACGUUCUCAUACCCAAAUGAGUUUGGAUAUUGAUGAUACGGUGAACGAAGAUGUGGAAUCCGACCCCAUCAUGGAUAUUGACCGGCCUUCUAAGCGGCUAGAGACAGGCUCGCGUCUGGCAGCCGUCCUUACGGCGUCCGAGAUGGGUGCUUUGAAUGGUACCACUCUAGCCAACGGCCACAACACUUCCAUAUCUCCGUCAAAACUUUGUGAGCAACAAAAGUUUCAUCAUUUGCACACUUCACACCCCGUGUCUGGAUCCUCACUGCAAACAGCCAGAGCACUACGACUACCGACAUCAACAUCAAUCGGGGCAGCGGGGUUAACCGUAUCAACAACAACAACAACUACUACAACGAAAACUCUCCAGUCAAACCUGUCCUUAACUCACGGUCCACUGGUACCACCCAUCAUAAUUCAACCCAUUCUCUCUUCCAACCAGUCUUCUGGUUACAAUUCCGCUGCAUUCAAUCCAUCCCCACUAACCUCACUGUCGACCGAUUCUGGAUUGGACGAACCGGUCGAUCUGACCGGUCACGGUUCCGUGCAAACCAACGGUCUAGCACAACUGGCGUUGCAUAGUUUGCGUCCACCGGAUACGAAUGAUUCACUUCAGCUUGUCCAACUGGCCAAAAAAACCGCGCGCCCGGUCCAGGCCAGGGUCAGUGAAUGGAUGCGUCAGGUGGCCGAAUUCGUGGCUCUAUCCGCGCCCGUUUUGCAAACAAUGGAUUUCGGUCCAAUCAAUCGCAACGUUCGUGCUGGGAAUGGUCGUUCACGAGGCCUGGUGGAUAUGGAUAUGUGGCUUGGCUUAUUGGCCAAAUGCUGGCAUCGUCUCCUCGCGCUCAGUAUGGUUGAGAAUGCGUUAGAUCUGGUCGUGGUCGAACACACAUUGUCCAAUGAACUGAUUGCUGCUGAGGCUCGUCAGGCUGCUCAGUUGGACCAAAUCGGUCUGCCUUGGAUCCUCCUACCUGAGGUGAGACAAGCGGGUGGAAUGCAAAUGAUACUGGCCGAUCGGACAAGGAGACCUGAUCGAAAAUUCGCCAAUGCAUUCAUGCAAUUCCUCUCGGAAAUACGACAAGCUAGUCUGAGCGCACAGGAGUUCUAUCUUCUGCGCCACGUGAUUUUACUCACAGGUGAGCAUUUUGGGGUUACGCGGGUGGGAGGAGUGUAUAACAUAUUUUUGUUUCACUUUCGUGUGAUAAACAGCAGACAGAGUAAACCCCAUAGUCACGAAGACCUGCUGUUCAGUGAUGGAAACCGGUAA